CAGGGAAGCCCGGGAGCUUUAUCAACCGACACAUAUUAUCUGUACGGCAUGGUAGCUUCGCUCUGCAAUUGGGUUUCUUUGAGGAAGCGGUGACGGCGGGUUGUUGGAAAAGGAAACUGUCCUCCUUUAUAUAAAAACCACGAAAAUAUCAGCUUUCACCAGCGUGUUCUCGGCCUGCCUAGUAAUUGAAUAUCGAGCUCACAAAGCGCCUACCUUAGGUGAUCAAUUCCACCAUCCACCAUGACCACAAGAUACCGUGUUGAGUACGCCCUCAAAUCUCACCGGCGAGACCAGUUUAUAGAAUGGAUCAAAGGGCUGCUAGCCGUCCCCUUCGUCCUCUACUCCCAGCCGCACGGCGUCUUCGAAGGGCAGGGCAUGAGCAGUCUAUCUGAGACACGCGAGGAGGCCCACCGGAGAUACAGCGAGAUUCUCCGCGAUGUCGAGGUGAUGAUUGACGACCACAUCGCGAUGCAAAAUGACCUGGAAAACCCCUUCCCCUCAAAACUCAAACUCCUAGUGCCCAGCAUCGGGCCAUUCUUCACGCGACUGCCGCUGGAAGCGGCCUUCAAGUUCCAGGACCGGAAGCGCUACAUUUCGUCGCGGCGCUUCGUGUCGCCCUCGUUCAACGACGUCCGCCUGAUCCUCAACUCGGCCCAGAUGAUGGCCGUGACCACGUACGGCACCCUACAGCUGGCCACUUUCGACGGUGACGUGACGCUGUACGACGACGGGCAGAGCCUGGAACCCUCCAGCCCCGUCGUGCCCCGCUUACUCGACCUGUUACGCAAGAACGUCAAAAUCGGCAUCGUCACAGCCGCCGGCUACACCACGGCAGACCGCUACUACGCCCGGCUGCACGGCCUGCUCGAUGCGCUGGCCGACAGCGCCGACCUGACCCCGGCCCAAAAGCAGUCGCUCGUCAUCAUGGGCGGCGAGGCCAACUACCUGUUCGCCUUCUCCCCGUCAUCCCCGCACCUUCUCGAGCCCGUGGCCCGCGAGCGGUGGCUGACGCCCGAGAUGGCGGCGUGGGACGAGCGGGACAUUGCGCAGGUGCUCGACGUGGCUGAGGCGGCGCUCCGCGACUGCAUCAAGACGCUCAACCUGCCCGCGACACUCAUGCGGAAAGAUCGCGCCGUGGGCAUCGUCCCGUUCCCUCCCGACACGCGCAUCCCGCGCGAGUCGCUGGAGGAGACGGUGCUUGUGGUGCAAAAGACGCUCGAGCUCAGCCCCGCGGGCCGCGCCCGCCGCGUGCCCUUUUGCGCCUUCAACGGCGGGCGCGACGUCUUUGUCGACAUUGGCGACAAGAGCUGGGGCGUCACCGUGUGCCAGCGCUGGUUCAGCCGCGGCGGCGUCCCGGGUGGCAUCAUCAAGGGCGAUAAUACCCUCCAUGUAGGCGACCAGUUUCUCAGCGCGGGCGCCAAUGAUUUCCGCGCGAGGAGCGUCGGAACUACGGCCUGGAUAGCGAGUCCGGCCGAGACGGUCGAGUUGCUGGACGAGCUGGCCGAGUUGAUGGGGAAGAAGAUGUCUUGAUCCUUCUGUAUGCCAAGAGAGCGCAAGCAGCAGGAAAAGCUGGAAGAUUGUGUGAUUGACAGGCGCACGGUCAGCUUCUCGUGUUGAGGUAUCAGGAGUUACAGAGGAACGUCUGGCCUUGUCGGGAUUAGCUCAAACUAGUUAUAUAAUAACCGCAGUGACGCCUCCUCCGCAGCCCCGCUGCUUCGCCGGUUAACCCAACCUCUCCUAGUGCAGGAUGUAUAUAGAUUUUGCAAGGUUGAUUUUCAGAGUGUAGCCUG